CCAUCUCAAAAAAAAAAAAAAAAAAAAAAAAAAAAGAAAUUCUUAUUUACUCUUUACCCACGUUUGUCAAGUGUUUACAUUUUUCCUGUUUUGUUGAUGACCAUCAGCUGAAUACCACCAGAAAUAUACCUGUAACCAGAGACAGCUGAUUAUAGCUUUCUGCAGCAAGGAAGCCCACAUACCAGGGGCUAUCUUGGUGAAAGGAGCUUAGGAAGGGCUAGUAUAUGGUUUCACAUAACAUAUUAGAUUGUAUACCAAUAGUUAUUGUAUACCAGAUAGUUAUUUAUUUAGUAUUAGAUAUCUAUCCAGACUGCUGAUAGUAGUUUAUUGUAUUAUCUAUUAUAUAGUGCUAGAUAACAUAUUACCUAACUUCACGUUGUGUACUCUGCAGUUCUAUAUUUAAAUUUGUUGUUUUUCAUUUGAGGUUCUUACAAGUGUCCCCUACCCAUCUGCCACCACCACCCGUGUUCACAGUCUAAUUUUAUGCAUUGCCUUAGUUGUCACAUUUCCAUAAUCUUUAAUCUGGAGGAUUCUACACCCUUUGUCUUUCUAUGCUUGAUAUUUUUGAAGAGUAUAGGCAAGUUAUUUUGGAGAAAGGCAUUAAUUUGGAGGUGUGUCUGAUGUAAUUCACGUGCAGAUUCAGAUUAUGUAUUGUUGGUAGGGAUACCACAGAAGUGGUGAAAUAUCCUUUUCAUUGCAACCUAACAGGGUCCAAGUGAUGUCAGUUUGUCUCUUCAUUGGUGAUCUCAACCUUGUCCACUUGGCCGAGAUGCUGUCUUUCAGAUUUCUCCACUAUAAAGUUACUUAAAAAUAAUUGAAAAUAAUAAAGUUUCUUAGGAAUAGAUAACAUUAUUCAUGGGCAUUCAGCUGUAAAAUGACCUUCUCCUCCAUUUAUUCUUUGUUCAACUACAGAUAUUCUAUCAAUAUGGACUUAGAAUUGACUCUUGUUAAGUUAAAUGACGUGUAUGUUAACAAUUAUUUUUUCCAACCUAUGGUAUCAUAGAACUUUCUUAUAUCAGGUAUACAUCCAGUGAUCAUUAGAAGAUUUGCUGGAGUAACCACCACCACAAUUCAGUGAUCAUUUCAUUCUCAUAUCGAUCUCCUCCUGCCUACUUAUGGUUAGACAUCAUUCUCACUCAGAUUUGAAGCAAUCACUAAUCAAUUUUCUCUCUAUAUGCAUUUUCCUACCUAGACAUUUUAUAGAAAUGGAAUCCUGCAAUAUGUGGCCCUUUGUAACUGACUUCUUUCAUUUAGCAAUAAUGUCUCAAAGGUUCAUGUAUGUUGUAGCAUGAGUCAGUACUUCACAUCUUUAAGUUUCCAAAUGAGAUUCCAUUGUAUGGAUAGACCAUGAUUUGUCUACUCAUUUACCCACGGGAGGGCACUUUGGUUGUGCUGUUUUGGGUUUUUAUGAUUCAUGCUGCUGUGAACAUUCAUGUGCCAAUUCACAAUACACAUCCCUGUUGGUGGGUGGUAGACCUGGCCACCUUUUCAUGUCUCUUUUUCUGCCUUUCCUGGCACUUUGCAGGCACAAUUCUGCUUUUCCAGGAACUGCAUCACUCAGGACUCUGCAAGUUUCCAGCAGUAAGAGGGAAAAUGACCAUGUUCAAGGAGGCAAUGACUUUCAAGGACGUGGCUGUGGUCUUCACUGAGGAGGAGCUGGGGCUGCUGGACCCUGCCCAGAGGAAGCUGUACCAAGAUGUGAUGCUGGAGAACUUCAGGAACCUUCUCUCAGUGGGACAUCAAGCAUUCCACAGAGAUACUUUCCACUUCCUAAGGGAAGAAAGGAUUUGGAUGAUGAAGACAGCAACCCAAAGAGAAGGGAAUUCAGGAGACAAGAUCCAAACUGAGAUGGAGACUAUUUCAGAAGCAGGAGCAGAUCAAGAGUGGUCCUGCCAGCAAAUCUGGGAAAAAAUUGCAAGUGAUUUAACCAGGUCUCAAGAUUUGGUGAUAAAUAGCUCUCAGUUCUCCAAAGAAGGUGAUUUCCCUAGCCAGUCUGAGGCAGGACUAUCUGUAAUUCACACAAGACAGGAAUCUUCCCAGGGCAAUGGAUAUAAACAGUCCUUCAAUGAUGUCUCCAUCUUUGAUUUCCAUCAACAAUUACACUCAGGAGAGAUGUCUCAUACAUGUGAUGAGUGUGGAAAAAGCUUCUGUUACAUCUCAGCCCUUCGUAUUCAUCAGAGAGUCCACAUGGGAGAGAAACGCUAUAAGUGUGAUGUGUGUGGUAAGGAAUUCAGUCAGAGCUCACAUCUGCAAACUCAUCAGAGAGUCCACACUGGAGAGAAACCAUUCAAAUGUGUGGAAUGUGGGAAAGGCUUCAGUCGUAGAUCAGCGCUUAAUGUUCAUCAUAAAUUACACACAGGAGAGAAACCUUAUAAUUGUGAGGAAUGCGGGAAGGCCUUCAUUCACGAUUCCCAGCUUCAAGAACAUCAGAGAAUCCAUACUGGGGAGAAGCCAUUCAAAUGUGAUAUAUGUGGUAAGAGCUUCUGUGGUAGAUCAAGACUUAAUAGGCAUUCCAUGGUUCACACGGGAGAGAAACCAUUCCGAUGUGAUACGUGUGGUAGGAGCUUUCGUCAGAGAUCAGCACUUAAUAGUCAUCGCAUGAUCCACACAGGAGAGAAACCAUACAAAUGUGAGGAGUGCGGAAAAGGCUUUAUUUGCAGGCGAGAUCUUUAUACGCAUCAUAUGGUUCACACGGGAGAGAAGCCAUAUAAUUGUAAAGAUUGCGGGAAGAAUUUCAGAUGGGCCUCGUGUCUUUUGAAACAUCAGCGCGUCCACAGUGGAGAAAAACCAUUCAAAUGUGAAGAAUGUGGGAAAGGAUUUUACACAAAUUCACAAUGUUAUUCCCACCAGAGAUCCCAUAGUGGAGAAAAACCAUACAAAUGUGUGGAGUGUGGGAAGGGCUACAAAAGGAGGUUGGAUCUUGACUUUCACCAGCGCGUCCAUACAGGAGAGAAACUGUAUAAUUGUAAGGAAUGUGGGAAGAGCUUUAGUCGGGCCCCAUGCCUUUUGAAACACGAGAGACUCCACAGUGGAGAAAAACCAUUCCAAUGUGAAGAGUGUGGGAAGAGGUUUACUCAAAAUUCACAUCUUCAUUCCCAUCAGAGAGUCCACACUGGAGAAAAGCCAUACAAAUGUGAGAAGUGUGGAAAGGGCUACAAUAGUAAGUUUAAUCUUGAUAUGCACCAGAAGGUCCACACAGGAGAGAGACCAUAUAAUUGUAAAGAAUGUGGGAAGAGUUUUGGCUGGGCCUCGUGUCUUUUGAAACAUCAGAGACUGCACAGUGGAGAAAAACCAUUCAAAUGUGAAGAGUGUGGGAAAAGAUUUACUCAGAAUUCACAGCUUCAUUCUCAUCAAAGAGUGCACACUGGAGAAAAGCCAUACAAAUGUGAUGAGUGUGGGAAGGGCUUCAGAUGGUCCUCAACUCGUCUGACCCAUCAGAGACGCCACAGCACGGAAACACCUCUCAAAUGCGAGGAGCAUGGGAAGAACAUUGUACGGAAUUCAUUCUCUAAAGUGCAAGAAAAAGUUCACAGUGUAGAAAAGUCAUACAAAUGUGAGGACUGUGGGAAGGGCUACAACAGGCACUUGAAUCUCGAGGUGCAUCAGAGGGUCCACGUGGCAGAGAAAACAUGGAAGUGUCGGGAGUGUGAUAUGUGCUUUAGUCGGGCCUCAAGUCUUCAGCUUCAUCAGAAUGUUCAUGUUGGAGAAAAACCUUAGUGAUGUGAUGGUGUGAUAAAGUCUUCACUCAGUCUUCAUGAAUGCAAUCUCAUCUGAAAGUUCACAAAGGAGAGAAACAUUAAAAUAUGAGGCACAUAGUAAGCUCUUCCCUUUAAGUACUUUAUCUCUGAAUCCAUGCUGAUGAUAAAUUUCACCCAUUCUUGGAAGAGGUAAAACCUUUGUUUAAGAUAACAUCAGUGCUUCAACCAUAACUCAGCAUGCCCCAGUAGUCUCAGGACCACCAUAGUGGAGAAUCCUUGUAAAUGGUACAAUAAAGCUUCAUUCAGAAGUUUGGUAAUUACAGCUAUCAUUCAGGAGACAGGCCUUAGAAAGAGUAAGAGUUCAUGAAUUUGCCGAACUCUAACGGUGGACAUGCCAAAAUUGAUGUUCGCUAGAAUGUAAGCUACAUGUGUCUUUCUUUACUGCUAAAUCAUCACAGCCUUAACAUUGAUUAGCACUUGGUAUGUGUUCAGUACUUGUUUGUCCAAUCAAUGAAAGGAUAAAACAUAUGUAUGGAUUUGGAUACAAUUUUAUGUAUCCAAAAAGGGAAGCCUACAAAAAAUAAUUCUGGGAAACAUGAGUUGAAAUGCAGAGUAAACUCAGUACUGCAAUCCAUAGCAAUAUUUUGAAUGUUUUUUUCCUUUUUUUCUUGAUCAGAUUUAUAAUAUUCAUUGAAUAUUAUUUUAUUGCACUUGGCUCCUGACUUCCCCCAUCCUGUGUUCUUAAGUCGGAUUAUUAUUUGUGGCUCUAUCAAAUGUUCAUUGCUUUAUACGGUAUAAAUUUAACUGUCUUUUGUAGUUUUUCUUACAGUAUAGACUGAAAAGUUUUGGUUAAUUUUGCAAUAACACGCCACUGCAUAUUUUGCAAUUAAGUGUUCUCAACAGUAUUAAGGCAAGAUUUACAGUAACACUUUUAAAGUGCCAGAUGUAUACUGACAGAGAUUUUCUUAGUCGAUCCUAGAUUGAUCAUGAUUUGUGAUUUCUAUGCAGGCCUUGGUAUGAUUGCCUUUUAAGUGCUGUACAAUUUUUUUUUUUCUGGUAUAAAAUAUUCUAAAUUUGAAGGACAACUUUUGUCAACCUUCUUAUCCAAUAUUCUUCCACCAACCCUAUGAAACAGGAAGAGAAACUUAAUGGAGUUUGGUAAUUUCAUCAAAUAUAUUCAUUAUUGGGGGCAGGAAUAACACUUAAAUCCUCCUCUUUAUUGCUGGCAGUAAAAAUAUGUCUUUUGGAGAGCAGAACAUGUCAGAAUGUAUAAAGUGCAACUGUUUGAUAUGAAAACCAUAGGUUAGGAAAUUAUGCCUAUGACACUAAAACUCCAAAAAGUAGAAGACCACAUUGAUAAUGUCACUCCAUUUUAAAAUGGAAAGAACAAGUGUUCAAGAACAGGAAUUUGUGUGAAUUGCAUUUAUUCCUAUAAUAACAUGAAAUCAAUGAGAUGAUGACAUAGACACAAUAACAAAAGGAGAAAGUGUGGCAUUUUUAGCCUUCAUAACCUAAUCAAAUAAAUAUCUUUGUGUGUUUUAUGUUCUUUUAAGUGUUUA